AUGUCUAUUCCACCCUUACCGUUUAAGGUUAAAACCAAGAUCUCAUGGGCUGGUGAAGAAGACGGGGACUUGGGAUUCAUUGAAAAUGAAAUUGUCGAAGUUUACUCAGUCGUAGAUGAUAGUUGGUGGAAUGGGAAAUUGAGAAGAAACGGUGCUGAGGGUAUAUUCCCUAAAGCGUAUGUGGAGAUCAUAGAGGACAAAUUGGGACACAAUUCGUCUUCUACAUCUCUUGUUAAUACCCCUACAAAACCGAACACCCCAUUGAAGCAGAAGACACCCAUACAGGACCAUGAAUACGACGUGAGAUAUAGAUCAAGCAAAAGUAAUACUCCUGUAAAAGCUAAUUAUUCUGCAAGAUAUCUGCCAAACAGAUCACAAUGUGUUACAAAAGCAGACAUGUCGUAUGACUAUGACGACGAAAAUAAUUAUCAUUAUAACAGCAGUUAUGAUACUAUUGAGUUUGGUAAUGGAAAUUUAAGAAGUAGUAACCCUAAUCCUAGAAAGAGCAGAUCGUCUUCGAAAUUAAUGUCAUAUACAAAUCAUCCAAAGAAUAAACAUAUGCAUUCUAGCCAUUCCCAAGAAGAUUUAGUGUUGCAAAGAGAAAAAGAAAUAGAAAAAUUUAAAAUAUUACAGCAACAGCAACACUAUCAUAUUAAAAAGAUUCAACAAUUGGAACUGCAAGACAACUAUAGGAAUUCAAUUGCAAUCUCACCAGACAUUUAUCACACAUCACCCUCAUCGAAGCCUAGAGUGAAACAAUUCAAGCCUAGGCCACAGUCGCAGGUUUUUCAAACACCCGCUCCUGUUUUGAACGGCGGUAACUUUUCAAGUCUGGCAUUAGUAAGUAAGGAAAGUCCACAGAAUGGUAAAUUUAUAUCUCCGAAAAAUGGUAAGAAUAAUCUUCAAUUGUUCAAUAAUCAUACGAUUGAAAGUUUCUCACCGGAAGUAUCUCCAAAACCUCAAAAAUAUGUUCAAAAUAAAUAUGUUGAAGAUUGCUAUGAAACACCUCAAAAGGCUAAUAUUUCGGUUGAGGACAAUUAUGAUGAAAUCGCAUAUAAGAGGCAGCAAUUGGAAUUAGAAUUACAACAAUUGAAAGAAUUGGAAAAGUCCAAACAACAGCAAAUGAAAAAAAAUUCUUACCCAAAUGUGAAAGGUUCUCCUUAUCGCUCAAAAGCUAUACAAGGUGAUGGGGUUUAUGAUAAUUCAAUGACUUCUAGCUAUGUGAGCGAAGAUUUAUUAUCAUCAAAAAAGAACUAUCAAUCUAAAGAUGACUUGGGUAGAAAGCUAACAAAACUUAAUACUGAUGAAGGUUUAGUUGAUGAAUAUGAUAAAGAGGACGAGGAUGAAGAAUUUGGGUCGCCACCUCCACCACCACCUCCUAAAUAUGUUAAAUCAAGAAAACCGGUACAAGAAUCGUACCAUAUUUCACAACCGAAUGAAGAGAGAGGUAUGCAACAAAGUCAAAUGAGAGAUAGUUAUGUCAGGAAUGUUCCUUACGAUGCAGACGAUUUUAGAUUUUCAGGAAAUAGUCAAAACAGAAUUCAGUUAAGUGACGAGGAAAUGCUUAGAUUGUCACAAUUACACCAUGAAGAGUUAAAAAACUCGACUAAAUCUUUACAAAGUGAUGUUUUGAACUUGUCUGAAUUAAGUGCCACUAGUGCAGGGUCCUUUAUUAGGCAUAAGUAUGAUAAAGAGUUGCGGUAUCAACAAGAAUUAAAAAUGAAGAAUUUAUCUAUCCACGAUAAUAAUGAUGAUGAAAACAAUGUUGAACUUAAUGGGGAACUAAAGGAUAUUAAUAACAAGCAACUAAUAGAUUCCAUAUUUCAAGAUAAAAAGUCAAGACAUCCAAACAUUUUCAAAAAAUUCUUGCAAAAACGAAAGGAAGACGAGAUUAUGAAUCCUAUAGAACAAAGGUUUCAAAACGAAGAGUCGAUUGAUUGGGCGACCUUGAAAAUGGAUUUGAAUAGAAUGAAUUCGUUAACUUCCCAAGAUAAACAAUUAAGAACACGAAGAAUUGUUAGAGAAGAGGGAUCAUUGAUUGUUAAGCCAUUAGACUAUAUAUCUGAGAUUAAUACGAACGAAACAAUCGGAGAUAUGGAUUCUCCAUCCAGUCUUGACAUUUCAGAUAUUCCAUUCAAAAAGAUUGAUUCUUUCAUAGAAAAAUAUGAAAUAUCAAGCGACCUUAAUGAAUUAAUAUCUGAUAUCAGUGUUAAAUUUAAUUCAUCAAAGCUUAAUCAGGUUAGAUGCUUACUACUUCAUUUAUGUAAGUUUCACAUUAUUGAGGAGCCUGGUAAAAUUCUGCAAAUUAAACCCAAGUUAAAUAAAGUCUUGUAUAAAGGUGAAGCUUCAGUUUAUCAGUUGAACUACAUAUUCAAAAAGCUUCUCGAUGCGUUGAGAAUUCCAUCUGAAAUUGUGUUAGGUUUUUGGAAAAAGCCUAAUGAAUUUUAUCAUAAUGAACAAUACGUCGUCAAUCAUUGUUGGUUAUCAAUUUUAAUCGAUAACCAAUUUCAUAUUAUAGAUAUCUAUUGUUUUCAAAAUGGAUCUGUCUGUAAUAUUCGUGAAGAUGGGAAAGGGUUUAACGAGUAUUAUUUCAUGACUGAACCAUUAAAUUUAGUAUCUACACACAUACCAUCUAUUAUUGAUUUACAGCAUGUGGUUCCACCAAUUGACCAGAGUAUUGCAUUUUACUUGCCAAGGAACUAUUCUGGUUUUUAUAAGAACAGAUUACGUUAUAGGAACUUCAAUAAUGCCUUAACAAGACUAAAGGACCUAGAAUUUUUCGAGCUAGAAUUAGAAGUUCCAUCCGAUGUUGAACUAUUUACCUUGGUCAAAACUGCAAAGGUUACGACCAAUGAGUUAAGUUUAUGCCAGAUAUUCUGGUCUAACUCUAAGAGAAUUGCUAAGAUCAAGGCCCUUUUACCCGAAAAAGAAUCAAUUGGUGUGUUGCAAAUAUUCGCUGGGGAAAAAGGUUUACAAAAGCAUUUCGAUAAUGUUCACGAGUUAUCCAUUGUUAUUCCAUUAUAUCACACAGGCAUUUAUAAACCAAGUAAAUUUGUGCCAAGGUAUCCUACUGUUCAGAGCCAGAAUAACGAUCUAUAUAUUAAACAACCUCAAACAAGCAAAAUUGUUGUAAAGAAUGCUUAUAAUUUCGAAAUUUGGCAAUAUCCAUCAGGAGGAAUCAACAGUCUUAGCAACUUGGUAAAUCAAGAUUUUAAGAUUGUCAUCGAAUCUCCUUCCGGUAAGUACUUCAAGUUAAACAAAUCUGAUCCUACAAAACCAUUUGGAGCUUAUGAAAGCAAUGUAAAGUGUCAAGAAGUUGGUCUCUAUAGGGGACUAGUCAUAGGUGAUAGUGGGAACAGCUGGUACGUCUUUGCCCAAUGGGAUUGUGUAAUGGGCACUGUAACUAAUUGA